GGUUGGUGAUGCCGCGCGAACUGCUACCAGGCGUCGGCGUGGUUUAAACACGAAGAAAUCCCCCGUCGCGCGGCUGCUGGUGCGGGGGAGGGGAAAGCGGCGUCGCAGCUUGCAGCGGCCUCCCCUCGUGCCGACAUGCUGCCGCGCACGCACUCCCACCCGGCGCGGCGGCGCUCCGGGCUGGGCCCGCAGCUCUGCGCCGCCGUCGCCGCGCUCCUCCUGCUCCUCUCCCUCGCCGUCCUCCACUCGCGCCUCUCGUCGUCGUCGUCCUCCACCUUCCCCACCUCCCGCUCGCACUCCACCACCGCCGCCGACUCCAACUCCUCCGCCGCCCUCCUCGCCGACGAAGACGUCGACGAGGACGUGGCCGCCGCGCUCGACCCGCUGCUCACCGUCACCACCACCACCGCCACCGACGGUGGCGGAGGCUCCGUCGCCAACCCCGACGACGACCGCAUCGACGAGCUCGACGUGCUGGACGAGGACGCCGCGGGCGCCGACGCGGCCGACGACGCCUCCGCCUCCGCGGCGGCCGCCACGUCCCUCGUCUGGGAUCACGUCGCCGGCGCAGCCCGCCUGCCGUUCCGCCUCCCCGCAGCCGGCGAAUCCCUGUCCGCUGGGCUGCCCCGCCUCGACUCCCCGCGCCGGAUCGCCGCCGCCGCCUUCGGAUCGGACGACGAGCUGGUGGAUCUGGAAUUGCGGGUGGAGAUCUCGUCCAUCGCCGGCAUCGAGGACGCCCUACUCCUGAAGCCCGCUUCCGCCAAAAGCGCCGAGACGAGGCUCCGGGCUGGGUGGGCGCGGUGGCUCGAGGGUAAGGCCGACUACCUCCGGCGCGAUCGCAUGCUCCGCUCCAACCUGGAGUCCCUCAAUCCGCGCAAUCACCCGCUGCUCCAGGACCCCGACAGCCCCGGCCUCACCUCCCUCACCCGUGGGGACCGCAUGGUGCAGCGGAUGCUACUAGCUGAGCUCGACAAGCCCGCGUCCAAGAAUUUUGAGCGGCGUAGGCUCCAAUCUUACGAGAACAAGCAGGGCAUGAGAGCAACUGUGAAGGAGAAGCAACAGAAGGGGAGGAGGUGGGGAUAUUUCCCUGGCAUUGAUCCACAUUUGGGGUUCUCGGAGUUCAUGGAGAGAUUCUUCGAGCUUGGGAAGUGCUCCAUGAGGGUGUUCAUGGUCUGGAACAGCCCACAGUGGGCGUAUGGUGUCCGACACCAGCGUGGACUCGAGAGCCUGCUCAAGCAGCACCUGGAAGCCUGUGUAGUCAUGCUAUCGGAGACGCUGGAGCUAGAAUCCUUCCGGGAAUUUGUGAAGGAAGGAUAUAAAGUUGCUGUUGCAGUGCCGGAUCUUGACGAACUUUUGGAAAGCACUCCAACUCAUGAGUUUGCAUCAGUGUGGUAUGAAUGGCGGCAGACAAAAUAUUACCCGUUGCACUACAGUGAGCUAGUACGCCUUGCUGCUCUUUACAAAUAUGGUGGAAUAUACCUUGACUCUGAUGUUAUUGUACUUAAACCUUUAACAUCGCUCCGGAAUACUAUUGGUGCCGCAAACCAUGUACCUGGAAAUUCCAGUUAUAGUGGCGCUGUGCUAGCAUUUGAAAAGCAUAGCCCUUUAUUGGAGGAGUGCCUUAAAGAGUUCUAUUCGACAUAUGAUGAUACCCUCUUGCAAUGGAAUGGUGCUGAACUUAUGACAAGAGUAAUAAGCAAUCUGUCUAGCAAGGCAGAUGAAAAUAUGGGGCACCUUGACACAAAAUUGGAACCCUCUGCUACAUUUUACCCUAUAAGUUCUACCAAUAUUAUGAGAUAUUUUUCAGAGCCAGAUAACAUGGUCGAGAAAGCACACCAUGAUGCAAUCUUUUCUAGGAUUGUGAAUGACUCCACCACUUUCCAUUUUUGGAACGGCAUUACAUCUACGCUGGUGCCUGAGUCCAACAGUCUUGUUGAGAAGAUCCUUAACCGUUACUGUCUCCAUUGCCUUGAUGUUUUAUAGUUGCACAAUCUGAAGUUCCAGCCAAGAAUCUUCAUUUUGGUUUAGAACACAUAUACAGAAGAAAUCUUUCAAUAGGUACUCAGAAGGCCAUGGUGUAUUGCUGAUCUUUUAUGGAAACAGUGUGGUGGGAAAAAUACCAGCAGCAUUGUGUAUAUAUAUUCUUUUCACCAAGGCUUGUGCUGGAGCUAGAAGCGAGUGCAAGUGUGUUGACUUAACUGUCGAUAGCAAAUCUGUCUACUGGCAAUACAGAAUGCAACAAGUAAAGGUAUUUGGAACACUGAGUUUUGACUAGUUCGGUGCAUUCUAUUUUAGCACAUUAUAUUUUGAAAAUAGCAUGAUUCUUGUUCAUGUAAGAUGGGUUAUUACAAAAGGUUUAUGUACCGACUUCCUUUGGUUUAUAUAGGUUUCUGGUAAAGCUUUUUUUGUUUUUUUUUAAAUGACGUGCAGUUAGCAAGGACUAGGGAACAAGAAUGUAAACUGAGCAUAUGCAAAUGAUUAUGGUGCAAAUCUUGACUUUGCUGUGCUGUAAAAUAUUUUUUCC